AUGGCCACCUUGCCUGAGCGCGUUGUAAAACUCGAAGCGGCAGUGGGUUCUUCCACCACCGGGUCGUUGAUGACUCGAGUGCAGCACUUGGAGGUUUGCUGCUUGGGAUCCACGGCUGCCGGGCCGUUGCCGCAGCGCCUCGACAAGUUGGAAGAGGCCGCUGGCUGCACCGCAGGGGACGGGGCUGCCGUUGCGGUGGAGGCGGCGCCUGCACCGGUGAAAGAUGGGGCGCCUGCAGCACCGGAGGUGGCGGAUGCAGCAGCUUCGAACCAGGUGGAUCAACCCGAGGUCUUUGCCCUUCCAGCCGCCAAGCGCCGUCGGUGCAAGGAGCUACGCCAGGAGGGUGGCUAUCAACUUGAAGCCAAUGCGGGGUCAGUGGCUCCAAACCCCAAGGCCUUCAAGGUCCAUCCUCUCAGAGAAGAGCAGCUGAGAUCAUUGGCAUGGAUGUAUUCACGAGAGGCUUGCAGAGACGGCUUCAAGGGCGGCAUGUUGGCAGAUAAGAUGGGCUAUGGCAAAACAGCCACCACCAUUGGGAUGCUAUCUGAGAAGCCGGGCCAAGUGCCAGAUGAGCGGCCAAGUGGGUACAUUAGGAAUCCAGCAACAUUGAUCUUGUGUCCCCCUCACUUGGUCGAGCAGUGGGAAGACGAAUUCUUCAAGUUUCUGGGUGACGAGGUGCAGCUGGUUCGCCCCACUCCGGCUUCCACAGUAAAGGACAGGAAGCGUGUGGCAAUUCAGCCGAUCCAGUUCAACGGCUCCUGGCCCUUCAGCGUAGCUGGCCGGGCGAUUUCCGAGCUCAAAGCAAGUAUGCAUCGUCAACAAGCCAAGGUCAAAGAGGAGAAACGUUUGCAAGUGGGCGACUACGUCUACAGCAUGACCAUAAAACUAGCGGAAGGGGAGUAUUUUGUGAGAGAUCCUUUCGGCCGAGAAGAGUUGUCACAAACGGUGUCUUUCAACAGCAGACACCACCGAAUUGAUGUGCAAGGUUUUCUUGAUGAGAACAGUCGAGCGGGAUGCACCUUGCACAUUGUUGUAGAGAGGGAGAAAACCCUUCGUAUGGAGCCUUCUCGAGGUGAGGGUCCUUUUCGCAUUCUGACCAUGGCCACCAACAGUGACUGGGUACGUUUGAAGCUAGGAGAUUUGCUGUCCUUCAAUGUAGUCCUGGUGUCCACUGGCAUCCUCGGCUGCCAACAACACAUGGAUCGUCUCAGAGACACACUCAACCAUUGGCUUCGUGAAGAAUACGGCAAUGUCUCGGGCAGAUUAAUGAGUGUCCGACAGAAAAGGCUACACGAAUGCGUUGACAAAUGGCAUCAGAAGGAUUGCUUUUUGAAGGCUGCUUUGCGAUCGAGCCCUGCGUUGUUGGAGACAAUGUGGUGGAACAGGAUUGUGCUAGAUGAGUUCCAUGAGUCGGAGUCCUGGGUCACCCGGGUUCGCGACGUGAUGAAAUCCCUGGGAGCCACGCACCGCUGGGGUCUCUCGGGAACUCCACCGUUGGAUACCACAGAUGCAGUCCUGGAAGUGGCCGAGCUGUUGUGGUAUGCCACAGAUGCGACCGCGCCCUUCAUGAGUGAAGCAUUGAAGCAUAGGAAAUCCCAGAAACAGGAGGCAAAGAUUUGGCUGGCAGAUGAGGAGAACAAGAAGAAGCUGCAUGACGAAUGUCAAGCAAUGAUCCGCGACGUGGUGCGGCAAAACAGCUCCCAGCUGGUGGAGGCCAUCACAGUGCAAGAGCACGAGGAGUUCGUGCAGUUCAGUGUUGAAGAGCGAUUCAUCUAUCGACAAGCUUGCCACGAUCACGACAUGUUUGACGAGCAGCUGGCCUAUGAGGGUGCCAAUGUCAGCACCCGGGAGGCUUUGCUGAAGAGAUGUGCUCACUUUUGCCUGGACAUGGAUGCUGAGGAUGCUGGUGAAGCCGUUCGGUUCCUUGGACGUGACAAGCGUGCGCACAUCGAACACCUGCGUCAACAACUGAAGCUGGAAGCGUCCAGAGCGGCACACCUCUCCAUUUGGGAAAGUGCCAAGCAUAGCCUCUUGGCACACAAAGCACAGCAUGCAGAGGCCGAGAAAUUCAUUCACGAAGUGUACAGGACCAGUGAACAGGUUUGGAAAGAGAAAGAUCCAGAGAAGAAAAGCUUCGAGAUGCAGAUCGAACUCUACGACAAGGACGGCUUCCUCCGCAUCCGUCCGGAAGUGCGCUUCAAGCAGCCUCUUCGAGAUGACCAGGUCUACCCGCGUUUGAAUUUUCGACAUGUGGUUCAGCAUGCCGUGGCUCGCAGAUGUGUGCCGCGUGCUGAUCAGAUCCUAUCAGAACUGCAGGUGUGUUCUCAGAUUUGUUGCCGCGAUCCUCAGCAUUUGCCGGUGGUCAUGUCUGUUGGCCUCCAAGUCUUAGCAGUUUCUUUGGACACAGCCCAUCGAAGCAUGGAUUUCUAUACUGGACAAAUGCGUGGCUUAUCGGAUAUGGAGACUCUUCGCAAUGAGCAAUGCUCGGUGUGCUUGACGCCCAAGGAUGACCUUGCAGCUUUGGUGAUGCUGCCGUGCUCGCACAUCUUCCAUCGGGAUUGCGUUCGCUCGGCAUUGGAGACAAACCCGAAGUGCCCAUAUUGCCGUGCCCACGCGCCCAAAAAAUCUAUGUCCUCGGUUUUGCUUGAGGUGGAAGUGGCAACCUCCGCGGCUGAGCCACUGCCGGCGGAACUGCGGUCGCACGGCUCCAAGCUGCUGGCGGUGGCUCGGCGCCUGCAGAAGAUCCGCGCCGAGGAUGCCAAGGCGAAGGCCAUCGUCUUCGUGCAGCGGCAGGAGCUCGAGAACAAGGUGGCCCAAGCACUCCAGGGCCAUGGUCUUCCAGUCCUUCAAUUGCCACGUGCAAAGAAUGCUGGACGAGAGAUGGCCGCAGUGAUGAAGUCGUUCACGACCUCUGAGGAGGCCUUUGUUCUGUUGCUGUCCCUGGAGCACGCGGCUUCUGGUUCCAACCUGACGGCUGCCAAUCAUGUGAUCUUCGUCCAUCCGAUGAAUGCCGAUACCUUGAGCUCUGCAGUGGCCUACGAGCGCCAGGCUUUGGCUCGUGUUCGGCGGGUUGGCCAGGAACGUGCAGAGGUUCACGUCUGGCGCUUCGUGACUCGCGAGACCGUGGAAGAGCACAUGCACCAGUUGCAUUGCCGAGCGAAUCCACCAGAUCAAGCUCGAGCUGGUGGUGCGUGA